AUGGUGUGGUUCCAGAAUCGCCGGGCGAAGUGGAAGAAACGAAAGAAGAGCACCAACGUAUUCCGAUCCCCUGGCUCCCUGCUGCCCUCUCACGGUCUACCACCGUUCGGUGCGGGCGACGUCUGCAGCCCCGGUGUAUUCGCAGACCGGCCCUGGUCUAUGCCUUCUGGUCUGGGUCAACUCUCGCAGGGAGGCGUAUCUAUGGGCGGGUUCAGUGCUGGUGGACUGCCGCAACUGGCGGCGGAUUUGAACCCUGCGCUGCCCAUUAGUUCCAUGGCCUCCCAGCAGUACCAGUCGCACUAUCCGCUCAACUCUUUAGGCGAAUCCAUGAUGUCUUACUGCGGCGGGUCCGGCGCGCUGGACGGCUCGCCCGCCUCGCCACACGCACACUGUAAUACCGCCUCGCCCACUGCACCCGGUGUGGGCGGGGGUGGAGGUGGGGGCGGGGGAGGAGAGGGGUGUGAAGAGGAGGCGUGGCGCGGACACAGCAUCGCAGCGCUGCGCCGUCGCGCGUCAGAGCUGUCGGCCGCCAUCCCGCCAUACCUGCAGCUGAACUACGACCACGCGCACAGCCCCGUCUACUGA